ACCCCAUGUGAAACACCUCCUGCAAUAAACACUCUCCCCUGCAGAGCAGCUCGCAAUGGAGCUCUGAACACUGAGCAUUUAUAGCUAUUUCCCUUUUCCCCCACACCCCCACAAUUGUUGAAAACUGUUUUCGAUAACAUUUUUAACGAUUGGCGAAUACGGGAACGAUGUGGAUUCAGAUUCGGACCAUAGACGGAAAAGAGACCCGCACCAUAGAAGAUCUUUCCAGAUUAACUAAAAUUGAGUAUUUAAGGCUGAAAAUUCAGGAGAUCUUCAAUGUAAACCCGGAACAGCAGCGGUUAUUUUACAGGGGAAAACAGAUGGAAGAUGGCCAGACGCUGUUUGACUACAACGUGGGCCUGAAUGACAUUGUGCAGCUGCUCAUCCGCUCGCAGACCGACCCUCCCGACAGCCCCGUCCCCAAGGACUGUGAGGGUGUCGCCUGCAGCUCCACGCAGCCCAUCCACACCACGACCACCUCCACCGCCGCUGUCAACAGCAGCAGCAGCAACAACAACGGGUCCAAGACCUCCAGUCCACCGCUUGACAAUCAGCCCUCAACCUCCACCCGAUCGUUCCUCAUUGACCCAGGCCUUGGGAAAUACAAGAUAAAUGAGCUGGUGGACUGCAGAGACAUCAGCAUUGGCGCCUGGUUUGAGGCCACCAUUGAGAAAGUGACCCGAGCCUCAAAGGGACAGAAUGGCAAGCCUGCCACUUCGGGAAAGGGUGGCAAGCUGAGCAAAAGGACUAACGGCAAGCUGGAUGUAGACCAAAGCCACUCCGCCCUGGACAAUAAUGGAAAUUCUGUUUAUAACUCGGACAUCGGGCCCUCCACCUCUCACACAGACUGCAGAGACAUUGAGGAGGAGGUCACAUAUCAUAUCAAAUACGACGACUACCCGGAGAACGGCGUGGUGGAGAUGGCUGCGGAUGAUGUCAGGCCUCGUGCUCGCACCGUGCUCAAGUGGGAGCAGCUGGAGGUGGGCCAGGUCGUCAUGGUGAACUACAACAUCGAGAUCCCUGAGGAGAGGGGCUUCUGGUUCGACGCAGAGAUCACCGCCCUCAACGAAGUCUCCAGGACCAACAAGGAGGUCCGGGUGAAAAUUCUGUUGGGAGGUCCAGGUGAUGUCAUUGAAGACUGUAAGCUUCUCUUUCUGGAUGAAAUUUACCGAAUUGAGAAGACAGGAGCGCGUCCACUUUCUGCAGCAGACGGGCAGUUCAAACGGAAGAGCGGGCCGGAGUGUAAGCACUGCAAGGCGGACCCGGACUCGGAGUGCCGCUUCUGCUCGUGCUGCGUUUGCGGGGGCAAGCAGGAUGCCCACAUGCAGCUGCUGUGUGACGAGUGCAAUAUGGCCUUCCACAUCUACUGCCUGAACCCGCCGCUCACCACCAUCCCCGACGAUGAGGACUGGUACUGCCCAACCUGCAAGAAUGACACCAGUGAAGUGGUGAAGGCUGGGGAGAAGCUAAAGGCUAGCAAGAAGAGGGCCAAGAUGCCGUCAGCCAACACGGAGAGCCAGCGAGACUGGGGCAAGGGAAUGGCCUGUGUGGGCCGCACCAAGGAAUGCACCAUCGUUCCCUCCAACCACUAUGGGCCAAUACCUGGGGUUCCCGUGGGAACAACAUGGAAGUUCCGUGUGCAGGUGAGUGAGGCAGGGGUGCACAGGCCCCACGUGGGCGGUAUCCAUGGUCGCAGUAAUGACGGCUCCUACUCGCUGGUGCUGGCCGGAGGAUUUGAGGACGAAGUGGACAGAGGUGAUGAGUUCACCUACACAGGAAGUGGGGGUCGUGACCUUUCAGGAAACAAGCGCAUUGGGGAGCACUCCUUUGACCAGACCCUAACCCACAUGAACAGGGCCCUGGCACUCAACUGUGAUGCCCCUCUGAAUGACAAGGAUGGGGCCGAGUCCAGGAACUGGAGGGCAGGGAAGCCGGUGCGGGUGGUGCGCAGCUCUAAGGGCCGACGCAUCAGCAAGUACGCCCCCGAGGAGGGGAACCGAUACGAUGGGAUCUACAAGGUGGUGAAGUACUGGCCUGAGAUUGGCAAGUGUGGGUUCCUAGUCUGGCGGUACCUGCUCAGACGUGAUGAUCUGGAGCCGGCGCCCUGGACACCAGAGGGGGCGGAGCGCAUCAAGAAGCUGGGGCUCUCUGUGCAGUACCCACCUGGUUAUCUGGAGGCAAUGGCCAAUAAGACCAAGAAAGAGGCGAGUGUCCGGGGUAGUGUUCGGGGUAAGAGACACGCAGGGAGAGGGCGGCCAAGGACACAGCCGCUGCAGAAGAAGGUGAAGGAGGAGGAAAAGGAUGAGCAGGAGCCAGAGGAAGAAGCAGAUGGAGGACCCCAGAGCAACGGCAGCCAGAAAACACCCAAGGAAGCAGACAUGCCUGAGGAGGAACCACCAGUGAAGAGACUGAAGGAAGUGGAGGCAUUCCAGCUCUCCGAGCAGCAGAAGGCCCUAAUCCUGGAGGACGACCUGAACAGGAAGCUGUGGGAUGAGGCCAUGGGCUUCCUGAAGGAAGGACCUAACUUCCUGCGGAAGGUGGAGCAGAUCUUCAUGUGUGUGUGCUGCCAGGAGCUGGCGUUCCAGCCUAUCACCACCGUGUGUCUGCACAACGUCUGCAAGACCUGCCUGCAGAGGUCAUUCCGUGCUGAGGUGUACACCUGCCCUGCAUGCCGCCAUGACCUGGGCAAGGACUACGUCAUGGUCCUCAACAAGACGCUACAAGUGCUGCUGGACCAGUUCUUCCCGGGCUACAGCAAGGGCCGAUGAGCUGACCACCGCACAUUCACACACAUACUCUCACAUGUACACACAUAUACACAUACACUAAUACACAUACACUAAUA